CCCUAUCCUCGAGCUCACAUCAAUACUUAAGAAGCUUAUUCACGAUGAGUGUCAUAUAAAGAGACUUCGGGGUCAUCUUGUCAAGUUAGAAUUGCUGAGGCAUUUGUCUUCUUUAAACGAAUAUAGGGAGAUAGAUAUCGGACACCAUUGUUACUCGAAGCAAGAUGACCGCCCCUCAAACCCUUGAAGGGCUCAAAUCCGGACAAUACAAAGGAGCAACGCGCGUUAAAAUAUCCAGCGGCUUGACCGACUUUCCACGCGAAAUCCUUGACCUCUUCGACACCCUGGAGAUUCUCGAUCUGUCCGGGAAUCCACUCUCAUCCCUACCCAAAGACAUCAGUCGUCUCCACAAACUCAAAAUUGCUUUCUUCUCGGACUGCAAUUUCACGGUCUUUCCCAAAGAGCUCUCACAAUGUCGGUCCCUUGAAAUGAUUGCUUUCAAAGGCAAUCACAUGACUACCAUUCCUGAAGGAGCUUUUCCUCGAAAGCUGCGAUGGUUGAUCCUUACCAAUAAUGAGAUUGCCUCAUUACCAACGAGCAUUGGGCAAUGCCAUCGGUUGCAGAAAUGUAUGUUGGCUGGCAACCGCCUCACAUCACUGCCAGGAGAGAUGUCUCACUGCCGCAAGUUGGGCUUGCUCAGAUUAUCAUCGAAUCAAUUGACUAGUCUACCACAUUGGCUCUUCGAACUCCCCGAAUUGUCAUUUCUUUCGUUCGCUGGGAAUCCUUGCGCCUCAUCGUUCGAGGACAAUCCGGUGCUCGACGAUAUCACGUGGUCAAACCUUGCAGUUCACCAACUUCUCGGCGAAGGCGCUUCAGGCAUCAUCUCGAAGAGUACAUGGAAGAGAGAGGCUGAUGAAAAACAUGUGGCUAUCAAGUUGUUCAAGGGCGAAGUGACGAGCGACGGCUCGCCUGCCGACGAGAUGAAUGCUUGCAUCACCGCUGGUCAACAUCCGAACCUCAUCGACCCGAUCGGCAAGAUUCAUGGUCAUCCAGAGAAACGUGGACUCGUGUUGGAGUUAAUUCCUCCACAUUACAAGAAUCUUGGUUUGCCACCAACACUUGAUACUUGUACUCGAGACUCCUUUCAUCCUGAGACAGCUUUCUCCGUCGAGAAUUGCAAAAGUAUUUUGCUUGGUAUCGCUGCUGCUGCCACUCAUCUCCACGAAAGAGGCAUUGCACAUGGCGAUCUCUACGCUCACAACAUCUUGAUUGAUGAUGCUGGACACGCCCUUCUUGGAGACUUUGGAGCAGCUACGAUCUAUCGCAACGACCAUGAGAAAGCGGAAAUGUUGGAGAGGAUGGAGGUCUUUGCGUUCGGCCAUCUCGUUGAGGACUUGCUCGGAUUGGUGGUGAGGAGAAUUGAUGCAGAUGAUAUCUUGAGUGAGAAAGAUGCAUAUUCCAUUGAGGGUUUGAAUUUGUUGCACUGGAAGUGCACAAAUCCAGUGGUGAAAGAACGUCCAUCCUUUGCUGAGGUGUAUGAGGAGUUGUCUGCACUGUGAUAGAUUAUAAUGGUUUGAAUAAAUGGGAUUGAAUAGAGGAUUAGACGUUAGAUUGCCUAGAUUUUGUUUCGAAAGACCUUAGAGACAUUAAUAGAGAAAGAUUGUUCAGCGAAACUACAGCCAUUGAGGUGCUCAAAAG